UGCGGCUCGGAGCGGCAUCAAGUCCGCAUCAAGUGCGCUUCUGGAUCUCACGUUACUGCACGAGGAUAAAAUCGCAUGAAAAUGGCUCUUAUGGCAGUUCUUUUACCGGUUUUGAUCGCGAUUGCAGCAGAUGCUGAUUUUCAGGUUGAUCUGAUCAGAGAGUUGGAUUUGGCCAAUGCUACACAUGGAAUAAGUCAAACUGCAGGUCUUCACAACAGCAGCAAAGCUUUUCUCUUUCGAGAUGCACAGAGAACGGUUCAGGUGCCCUCCCAAAUCGCAGAAAAUUUACUGGAGUUGCUCAGGAAUAAAAAUGAGUUCACAUUCAUAGCUUCCAUCCAGCAGAAAGCAUCCACAUCUGGAGUUCUCUUCUCCAUCCACGAGUCUGAGUACAGCUACUUCGAACUGGAGAGCAGUGGACUUAGGGAGGAAAUCCGCUACAAAUAUCGCCACAAAGGAAAACAGCGAUCUGAGACCUUCCCAUAUAGACUAGCUGAUGGUCAGUGGCAUAAAAUCGCUUUGUCCAUUAGCGCCAGUCAUUUACUGCUUCACGUGGACUGUAACAGGAUAUAUGAGAGAGUGAUAGAACCUUCUGAGAUGGAUUUGACUGCAGGAAGUGGGAUUUGGCUCGGACAACGCAGCCACAGACAGGGACUCUUCAAGGGCUCUAUGCAAGAUGUCCAGUUUGUUUUUGCUUCAAAUGGCUACAUUAUGCAGUGUCCCAGCCUUAAUCGCACAUGUCCAACAUGCAGUGAUUUUCUCAGCCUCGUGCAAGGAAUAAUGGAUCUGCAGGAGCUUUUGGCUAAAAUGACAUUAAAGUUGAACUAUGCUGAAUCCAGGCUGAGUCAGUUGGAAAAUUGUCACUGUGAAAGGACAUGCAGUGUGAAUGAUGUGGUAUAUCGGGAUAAAGACCUCUGGACUGAACCAGAAAACUGCAGAACCUGUGCUUGCAUGAAUGGUGCCGUUGAGUGUCGGAGAAUAUUUUGCCCCCCUGUGAACUGUUCAGAGGAUUCACUACCGGUUCACGUGGAUGGAACGUGCUGUAAGAAAUGCAGAUCUAAAUGUACCUACCUGGGCCAAACUCUUUCAGAGGGUCAGCGCUUUUUCCUACAGAGCUGCAAAGAGUGCAAGAACGGUGUGAUGGAGCCAGUGAACGAAAGCUGCCCGAGUCUCAAUUGCACAAUAAACGACCAGAUUUUGCCAGAGAACAGAUGUUGCAAUGUCUGCCGAGGUCAUGAUUUCUGUGCAGAAGGAGUUCUCUGUGGAGAAAACUCUGUUUGCAAAAACCGGAAUAACAAGGCAGAGUGCGAAUGCAAAAGCGGUUACGCAUCUAUACACGGAGAUUCAACCUACUGUGAAGAUAUCGAUGAAUGUUCCACACAAAUGCAUUACUGUCAGGCCAACACAGUGUGUGUUAAUUUACCUGGAGGACAUCGAUGUGACUGCCUUCCAGGAUUCUCCAGAGUGGACGAUUUCUCCUGCACAGAGCGGGACGAGUGUGUUAGCAGUCAGAGCUCAUGUGAUGAGAACGCCAUCUGCACGAACACCAUCCACGGCCACCUGUGCACCUGUAAGCCGGGAUUCAUGGGUAAUGGCACCAUCUGCACAGCAUUUUGUAAGGAUGCCUGUCUCAACGGAGGAACGUGUGCCUCUCCAAACACAUGUGUGUGUCCUUCAGGCUUCACUGGACGCCUCUGUGAGACAGAUGUUGACGAGUGUGUGGAAGGUCUCGCUCAGUGCCACACACACUCUCUGUGUGCCAAUCUGCCCGGAUGGUACCACUGUCAGUGUCGGAGUGGUUUCCAUGACGACGGCUCUCACCUGCCUGACGGCAGCUCCUGCAUGGAUAUUGACGAGUGUACCAUGCACACACACACGUGCUGGAACGACUCGGUGUGUGUGAACCUGCCAGGAACCUUCGACUGUGUGUGCAUGAACGGCCCAGAAUGCACCGGGGACUGCAUACAAGGUGAAGAGCUAAAACACAAUGGACAAGAGUGGAGCCUCAACCAUGAUCACUGCACUGUGUGCACCUGUAAGGAUGGGAAAGUGUUCUGCAGGCGGAGAGCGUGUGACUGCACCACUUCUGACAUGGAUGUGUCCUGCUGUCCGGAGUGUGACACGCGCCGGAGCAGUCAGUGUGUUCAUCAGAACGGACACACACUUUACUACAGCGGAGAAUCCUGGAUCUAUAAUUGCCAGCAAUGUCAAUGCCUGGAGGGAGAGGUGGGAUGUGUAUCUCUCUCAUGUCCUGUCCUGCUGUGUAAUCGCUCGACCGUGUUGGAGGGGGAGUGUUGUCCUCGUUGCAUUUCUGACCCCUGCGCCGACAACGAUGAGACCUCUGACCCCAGGCAGACGUGUCACCACCCCGACGGCAUCACGCGCCUCAGCGGCGCCACGUGGAGCGACCCCAAUGCACCAUGCACCACCUGCACAUGCAAGAACGGGAAAAUCUGCUGCUUUGUCGAUUUGGACUGUAUCCAGAACGAAUAAACGUGUCACC